AUGAAGGUUUUCGGCUAUCUUAAAGAAAGAAGCGUAAGAAAUGAUCUCCUGAUAAACCACGCUUACACUGCUCAUUCCCAGCAGUUGAAAUUGGCUGGCACUUUCAGCGACUACUGGAAGAAAAGCCACCCAAAACUGCAUCCAAGGGAAAACAGCAAAAACGACCGCGAGAGAUGCCAAGGAAUAGAUGAUGUGAUCGAACCA